AACACAACUCUAGUGUUGAGGUUUAAUACAGGAACCGCUAAAGCCAUACAUUAAUUAAAUUGUGUGAUGUUAGCUCGCGCUGCCUCAGUGAGCUCUUCCCGCCAGCAGAGCGCGUCGCUGCGCCUCGUACAGAAAACCUGAAGCCUCCGAGCAGAGCACACUCCCCGUUUUCCGUGAAACUGAGAAAAGGGAAAAGCCUUGUUGUGUUUAGUUUUUUUUUAGCACUGUCAGAAAGCUCAUGCACUGCGAGCUUCCUCCACCUUCCACACUGCUCACAGGACUCUCCCAGGAUGCUGUCGAACAACCCUCACAUCGGGCACAAAGUGGCAGGCUGUUUGAUUUUCCUCUCCGUCUUUCACAUCAACUUUUCUGCUGGCAGCACCGGAAAGGGCUCACAGAGCCAAGAUGAUAUGCAUGUCAUCCACCACAAUCAACUGGACCUGCGGGAGAUAGUGUUCGUCAUCCAGAGUCAGAGCAACUCCUUCCAUGUGAGGCAGGCAGAAAGACUGAGAGCAGACUUACUGCAGCAAGCUCACACUCUGAAAGAGAAACCACCGGUGGUAUUGCUUCUUCAUAGUUUAUCAGAUCACGAGGGAGAUUGGAGUAUCCUUCCUCUGCUGCCCAACUUAUCAAACUCCUUCGGGAAAAACUCCUCCUGGAUUGUAUUUCUUGAGGAGGAAACAAAUGUAAAGACGACUAAGCUGGUUCAAGUCCUUUCAAAAUUUGACAAGAAUAAAGAGUGGUUUCUCGGUAAGCCCCUGUAUGACAAGGAGUCGACUAUCAUUCAUCACUACGCGUUUGCAGAGAAUCCCUCCAUCUUUAAAUAUCCCGACUUUGUUGCUGCUUGGGCCUUAAGCACCCCCCUUGUUGUUCGGCUUGCAGACAAAGUGAGAAAUGAACCACUUAAAUCUGACUUCACCAUUGACCUGAAACAUGAGGUUGCCUUGUAUAUCUGGGACAAUGGCAACGGUCCACAUCUCACUGGCGUUCCUGAGCUGUGCACAGAGCCGGAGGGCUCUCCCCAGACCCAGCACUGCGCCACGUCUCUGAGCACCGCGCCUCCUCUGUGUGGGGAGCCUGUAAAUAAAGAAGAUAUAUUUGUUGCUGUGAAAACGUGUAGGAAGUUUCACAGUGAAAGAGUUCCAGUGAUAAAGAAGACCUGGGAAAAGGAUGCCUUCUUUUUAGAGUACUACAGUGACCAUGCUGACCCAGCCAUACCAACCAUUAAUUUAGGAGUUCCAAACACAGAAAGAGGCCACUGUGGGAAAACAUUUGCAAUCCUUCAAAGAUUUCUGACCAGCUCUGUCCCAAACACCAAGUGGCUCCUUGUUGUUGACGACGACACACUUAUCAGCCUCUCGAGACUGCAGGUCUUGCUGAGCUGUUACGACCCAUCUGAACCCGUGUGUCUGGGGGAGAGGUACGGCUACGGCCUGAGCCAAGGGGGCUACAGCUACAUCACGGGAGGUGGAGGUAUGGUGUUCAGCAGGGAGGCUGUGGUCCAGCUCCUGAACAGUGGCUGUAAGUGCUACAGCAAUGAUGCGCCGGAUGACAUGGUGCUGGGAAUGUGCCUCAAUGCCAUUGGACUUCCUGUCACACACAGUGCUCUUUUCCACCAGGCACGCCCAGAGGACUACGCCAGAGACUUCUUAGCUCACCAGGUGCCCAUCUCUUUCCAUAAACACUGGAACAUCGACCCCAUUGCUGUUUUCAACAAAUGGCUGAAGGAUGACUUGAGGACAAAAGCUGCAGAGGGACUGGAUAAAAGCACUAAGACAGAGUUAUAAACAUUUUAAGCACACAACUAGUGUGUGUGUGUGUGUGUGUGUGUGUGUGUGUGUGUGUGUGUGUGUGUGUGUGUGUGUGUGUGUGUGUGUGUGUGUGUGUGUGUGUGUGUGUGUGUGUGUGUGUGUGGUCAUGGACCUGAAGUAUUGCCCUUCACAGAUGUAAAUGUUUUUGUAUUGUUAAUGUUGAAGUGUUAUUUAGAGGGACCAUGUGAGUGUGUGUCCAUGACUAAAUCUGUGAGUGUCUUCAUGACCGAGUUGCAUGUUAUUUUGAAAAUAUGCACACUAUGUGUAUAUUUAUAUCCUAUGAAUAAUCUCAACCCUACAGAGAUCUUCUCUGGGAGAUACUGUGUCUUUUAAAAAAAAAAAAUCACUAAUGCUGUACAAUGUGCUCUAUUUUGACAUAAAAGUAUAAA